AUGUCUUCUGCAGUUUUAACAGUCAGGUUGAUCAAAUCAUUUGUACACCGAACAAUUAAGUAUUUGGUUCUUCAUGAUGUUGAUCUUGAGCAAACAACAGUGUCAGAGUUUCAGCAGCGUAUUCAAAGAGAAAUUAGUAAACAGCCGGCAUUUCAGCUGUAUUCUACGUUUCCCUUCGAUACGCUUAAGAUUUAUUCUCAUGCUUAUGGAUCAAAAACAUCGAAUCGUGUUAUCAACUUAGAUCAUGAAGAAUGGAUGUUGCUUGAUCCAUCUAUGACUCUUUCUGCUUACGGUGUGCAACAUGAAACAGAGUUGUCGUUUUUCCGGAGGAGUGAUUAUGAGCAGUUCAAAGUAACACUUGAGGAAAAGUGGUAG